AAAAUGGCUAACAAGAUCUUUACAAAAGCUUCCAAAUACUUGCUCAGAACUGUCAAAGGAGUAGAUAUGUAUCCCAAAACAAUCACAUUUACUUUUAAAGGACAAGAAGAAUUCAAGACUCUCUUUGGAGGAAUUAUCUCUCUGAUCAUUAAGAUAGUGAUCCUUUUAUACUCUAUCCAAAUGAUAUCCAUCAUGAUCACAAACAAGAAUAGUUCGAAAAAUGUGAACACCACAGUUCAGAAUAUUUUAAAUGACACAGAGCCUAUUAAUCUCACCGAUACAAAAUUUCAGUUCGCAAUCAGAGCCACAAUAGAUGGGAUCGAUUUUGACAUGUUCAAUGAACCAAGCUAUGCGACAGCUGCAAUCACUCAAUUUUACGUUAACCAAACUUCGAGUAAUCCAUUUGAGAAUCUUUUAGGAGUCUCAAAUCAGACCCCAAUUAGUGUCUCUAGGUGUGGAAACAAUUUUAGAUAUGACAAUCAGCAAGAAAUUGAUUAUCUCAAGCUUAGCGAAUUUUACUGUCCUGACUCUAGAAAUUUCUCAGUGCUUGGAAACAUUCUCUCAGAAACUGUCUCAUACUUCUCCUUCAGGAUUACCAGAUGCAACAAUGCAACAAGUACUGUUACUUGUCAAUCAAAUACUACAAUUAACUCCAUCUUGAAAAAAGUUCAAAUCAGAGUUUAUAUAGUGAACACUUAUUUUGAUUUUGAAGACUAUGAUAACCCAAUCAAGACAUACCUAGAUGGUCGAUUCUUGUACGACAUCAUGCCAGGAUUCUCUCAAAAUAUUGGUAUCAGGCUUCAGAAAAAUGAAGCUGAAAUCCAAGACGAUUACUUAGCGUUCGCUCCUGGAGGAGAUAGUAAAGAGUUCAUUGGAAUUGAUACAGCCAUUGAGCGUCUGGCUACAGAAGAAAAUUACGAUGGAGACCUUCUUAAUGUUGUAUUCACUAAAGAUUCAUCUUCGAAAUCUUACGAGCGUUCGGUUUUCACUGUCCUAGAAGCCUUUGGAAACAUUGGAGGCCUUCUUGAGAUAUUCACAAUUGUUGGAGGCCUCAUUGUUAGUCUCUUCGCAGAGAGACUGUUCUUUUAUACAAUAUUCUCAAAAAUGUACCAAGUGGAGGAACCCAAAGACAAACAAGAGGAGAGAAGAAACUAUUCUCAAAGAAUGGUGAGUUCUCAAGAUGAAGAAGAGGAACACAAGGACAUCGAUAAUGAUCAAUACCAUUCAGAGACACCAAAAGAAGAGUUAACAAAUCAAGCUAAAGAAGUAAUUAACAGGAGGACUAAAUAUGGCUGGAAGUUCACAGACCUACUUUAUAACAUCUUAAUGAAAUGAAUUAUUAGCCCUUUCAUGAUCUGUUGCAAAUAAGAGAGCAUUUAAUUCUUCUGGGUGCCUUAAAUGAUUGUUUUGUUGCUGAAUAAAUAGAAGAAAUAAACUCAAUCUAAUGAAAAGGGUGGAAUUCUAUUCCAAAGGUGAAGAUAAAUAUGCUCAUGAGUUUGAUGCUGUCAAGUUCUCCAAGAACAUGAGACACCUAGAAACUCUAGUUGCAUCUCUACUUGACGAUAGUGAAAAGUUCAUCAUAACUCAUCAAAAGCCUAAUGUGCUGACUCUUGACGACAGUGACAGCAACAGUGAUCAUGAAGGAAUACAACAACCUAAACUGUUUGAUGAAGAAGCAAAGAAAAAAUUAUACAGAGCUAAGGUUAAAAGAUUUAUGGAUAAAUACAUGAACGAAGAAUGGACUGAAAGAGAUUAUCAGCUAUGAUCAGGAAUAUUCUCAAAAAAUCCACUCAAAAAUUCCAAGAUUAAAGUAAUGAUGUCAACACCACCAAGCAGCAGGCCCUUGUUACCUACUAACCCCCCUACAAACCUUCCACCAGAAGAGUCCAAACACCCUGUCCAACCCUUAAAACCAGCUCCCCAACUAUUCAUCUCCAGAGCAUCUAUAUACUCAGUCCACUCCCCCAAAUCCAAAAUAUCUUCAGUGAAUGAAGUCUAA